AUGAGCCUAAAACCACAACCGUUGCAAAUGCAACACUACAAUAUCGCAAUGGUUACAGACUUUUUCUAUCCUCAACCCGGUGGAGUGGAGUUUCAUGUUUUUCACUUGUCUCAGAAGUUGAUUGACUUGGGCCAUUCCGUUGUGAUUAUAACACAUGACUAUGGUGACAGAAGCGGUGUUAGAAUGCUAACGAACGGUCUACGCGUGUAUUAUGUCCCAUUUCUACAGAUUUAUCGAAGUACAACGUUUCCUAGCGUGUUUCUGGCGUUUCCAGUCCUCCGGAACAUUUUCGUUCGGGAGCAAAUCGAUAUAGUACAUGGACACGGAUCCUUCUCCAGUCUAGGCGCCGAGGCCAUUUUCCACGGCAAGACGAUGGGUCUCAAGACUGUGUUCACGGACCACUCAUUGUUUGGCUUCGCGGACAUUGGUUCUAUUCUAGGUAAUAAGCUACUAAAGUUCACACUCAGUGACAUAAGUCACGUAAUAUGCGUUUCACAUACAUGCAAGGAAAACACGGUUCUACGAGCCUCGUUGGAUCCAUUGAAUGUCUCGGUGAUUCCUAAUGCAGUGAUAUCAGAGGAUUUUGCUCCGGAUCUCACAAGAGAGAAAGACCAUUCGAGGAUUACCAUUGUAGUCAUCUCCAGACUCUUCCCAAAUAAGGGCGCCGACUUGCUUGUUGCUGUUGUUCCUCAAAUUUGCAUGCAACGCUCCAAUGUAGACUUCCUUAUCGCAGGCGAUGGGCCAAAGUUUUUGGAUUUGGAGCAAAUGCGUGAGAAGUACUUUUUACAGGAAAGGGUCUCUCUUAUCGGUGCAGUGAAGCACGAAGAAGUGCGCGAUGUUAUGGUAAAGGGUGAUAUUUAUCUUCAUCCUUCUUUGACUGAAGCAUUUGGUACGGUAAUUGUAGAGGCUGCUUCGUGUGGACUAUAUGUUGUCACGACAAGAGUUGGUGGAAUUCCUGAAGUGCUUCCGCAGCACAUGACGAGUUUUGCAGAACCCGAAGAAGACUCACUUGUUAGUGCUUUGCUACACGCAAUUGACAAAGUUGCAUCUCGGGAGAUUGACACCUCGCUGUUCCAUCAGGAAGUCGCUCAUAUGUACAGUUGGGAUGACAUUGCAAAGAGAACGGAAAAUGCUUAUAAUUCGCUCUGGUAUCACGACGGUCCCCUUCCUCUUCUUGAUAGGCUUCUGAAAUACUAUUGCUGCGGAGCUAUUGCGGGUAAAUUAUACGUCUUAUGUGUCAUCGUUGACAUGUUUAUUUUGAGUGUGUUGGAGUGGCUAUAUCCAGUUGAAAAUAUAGACCUUGCGUCAAAAUGGCCUCUGAAAGUUAGCAAAAAGGCUUUUGAGCUCCCUGUCGAAGAUAAUGCAAGUGCAGAGAGUUCGCUUUAG